AUGGGGCUUUUCAACGACGUUGACAUUGAGCGAGACUUUCCGGACCAUAAGGUCAAGUCUAUGGUGAGGCGUUCCGAGUGGGCAGUUCAGCAGCAUCAAGGCUUCUUUCCUGGCAAUUCUCUUCCGAACCAUCACCAGUACCCAACCCAAGAGUACAAUACUAUUGACUCUUACAGCCCAACUUACUAUGUUGACGAGCAAACUUCAGCCAACACUUCCUACAGCACUCCCAGGCCUCAGAUUUAG